ACCUGUAUAUAUAUAAUCAGAUUAUUCCAUCCUAAUUUGCAUCAAAUUAUCCAGUUCUUGAUCAAUAAUUCAAAAGCAAUAUAUCCAACAUCAAUCCAAAAUGAGGAACUUCAAUCUAGGAGGACUUCUCCUUGUGCUGAUCUUUCUUGCAGCAUAUCCCUCCGAUGCCAGGCUCCAGUCGUGCAAGCCGAGUGGCACGAUAAAGGGCACGACUCCACCACCGGGGGAAUGCAAUCAGGAGAACGACUCCGACUGCUGCAAAGCAGGGGAGUCAUACACCACCUACAAGUGCUCUCCCCCCGUUUCUGGAAGCACGAAGGCUGUUCUGACCCUCAACAGCUUCCAGAAGGGUGGGGACGGAGGCGGCCCAACAGAGUGCGACAACAAGUACCACUCUGAUGACACGCCUGUUGUGGUGCUCACUGGAUGGUACACCGGAGGAUCAAGGUGCCUCAAGAACAUUGUCAUCAGUGGGAAUGGGCAGAGUGUGACUGCCAUGGUGGUUGAUGAGUGUGACUCGACAAUGGGAUGCGAUGAUGACCACGACUACCAGCCUCCGUGUCCUAACAACAUCGUUGACGCCUCAAAAGCCGUCUGGAAAGCAUUGGGAGUGGAUGAAGGUGACUGGGGAGAGUUGGAUAUCACUUGGUCUGAUGGCCGUCUUCAAUCCUGCAAUCCGAGUGGCAAAAUCAGAGGAAAGAAGCCACCUCCGGGGCAAUGCAACCAGGAAAACGACUCCGAUUGCUGUAAACAGGGGAAGCUCUACACCACUUACAAAUGCUCCCCCUCCGUUUCUGGCAGCACGAAGGCAGUUCUCACCAUAAACAGCUUCCAGAAGGGUGGAGACGGAGGCGGCCCAUCAGAAUGUGACAAUCAGUACCACUCUGACGACACACCAGUCGUCGCCCUAUCAACUGGUUGGUACAGCGGAGGGAGCAGAUGCCUCAACAACGUAACUAUAAGUGGCAAUGGCCGGAGUGUGACAGCAAUGGUGGUGGAUGAGUGUGAUUCCACCAUGGGAUGUGAUGAGGAUCACGAUUAUCAGCCACCGUGUCCUAACAACAUUGUCGACGCCUCAAAGGCUGUCUGGAAAGCCUUGGGGGUUCCCGAAGGCGACUGGGGGGAGCUGGAUAUCACUUGGUCUGAUGCUUAAUGUUUUAUAUGUUAAUCUCUUUUAACUGCUGUGAAACAUAUGUAAAAGUAUGGUGUAAUAAUAAAACUUAGCAAAUCUUGUCAUAAACAUACUGUCAAUCGCAGUUUUUUCACUUAUUUUCACA